AUGGUAUACAACACUUUAAUUGAUGAACAUUGCUCAACAAUUCGACGAACUGGAAGUGAUAUUGACGCCGAACAAUUAAAAACUUCACUAGAUGUAUUUGUUUCGAUUUUAAAAGAAACUAAUGAUUAUAAACUAAAAUGUACUUUUAUUGGAAAAAUGACUUCUCCAUUAAUUAAUCUAUCAUAUAAAAAUAAAAUAUUCGCAGAAUCUGAUCUUAUCACACAUGAAUUUCUUAUUAUUCUACGUGAUGAAAUAAUUAUCGAUCAAUUUCAUCGAAGAAAUGAUGAUGAUCACAUUACACAAAAACUUUUACAACAAAUUACACUUUUUUUUACGAAUCUAAGUCACAAUAUCAAUGAUUCGAAUAUUUUGGGUUUUAAACAUUUACUUUUCCAUAAAAUAUUAAUUGAUGAACUUGCAAAUUGUCUUAAUGAGAUUGGUACAUAUGGUAAAUAUUUAGAUGAUUUUGUACUUUUACGUUCAAUUAAAUAUCUUUUAUUAACAUAUAAGAAUUAUUUAAGACAUCCACUUAUAGACAAUGAAUAUUCACAAAUUAAAUCAAUAUUUUCAGGCGUUAUUCAAUGUUUAUGUUCUUCCUUUAUUGUUGAUAUGAUUACUAGUCUAAAAUACAAUUUUUCUCAAACACUCAAUGAUAGUCAAGUCUUAUUUCUUGAUACAAUGCCAUUUUAUUUACAAUGGUAUUCAGAUUAUGGUAAUCCAGAUAAUUUUCUUCGUAUUUUACUGACCGAUAUUGAUGAUGAUGAAAUACAAGUCAAUGCCUAUCGUUGUCUAGGCAAAAUUAUGAUGGAAGCAGAUAUAAAAAUGAUGACAAAUCCAAGUAAAAUUGCUGCUGUUUAUAUUGAAUUUAUUAGUAAUACUAUCAAUGAUCCAUAUCAAAAAGAAAGAUUUCAUAGUCUUUUAGAGAGUUUGAAAAAUUUUGUCCAACAUGAUCAAGUUAAAAGUGAACUCAUAGAACACAAUGCACUUCCUUUAUUAGUUAAAUGUACUGUAGAAAAUCAAUUCGAUCCAAUUAAAGUACAACAAAUAGCUCUUGAAAUUCUUCUUGCUCUUUCGUUUAAUAAUGAUGCUUGUUCUUUUUUUCGACAAAAUCAAGAUUUUAUGAAUCAUAUACGAACUCUUGUUGAAAAUCAUAUUGCCGAUCAAUCAGGUUUACAACGAGCUGCUGAAGGUUUACUUUGGAAAUUAGAAGAAGAAGAAAAAGCUGUAGCUAAACCAUCGGUUUUAAAUUUAUAUAAAUAUGAUAUUAUGAUAAGUUAUUCUCAUAAAGAUCAACGAAUUUGUCAUCAAAUUCAUGAACAAUUAGUCAAAGAUGGUUAUCAAGUAUGGUUUGAUAAAGAUUGUUUACGUGGAUCAACAAUGGUUGGUAUAGCAAAUGCAAUCGAAAAUUCCAAAUAUGUACUUAUUUGUAUGUCAAAUACGUAUAAACAAAGUGUUUAUUGUCAUUCAGAAGCUCAUUAUGCAUUUGAACGUGGUUGUCGUUUAAUUCCAAUAAUUAUAGAACCAAAUUAUAAACCUGAUGGAUGGCUUGGCAUUAUUGUUAGUGGAAAGAUUUAUGUUGAAUUUGGUAAUGUUGAAUUUAAAUUGGCUUAUGAAAAAUUGAAGAAUGAAAUUAGUGAGCAAGAAUAUGAAAAUUCAAAUCAAUCACUAUUACCAUCAUCAGGAGAAAAAGAUCAAAUGAAUACAGUUUUUCUACAUCCCGAACCUCUUGCAAUAGUUUCUGCAGCAAAUAUUAACUUACCUAAUUGUAUCAGAGAAUGGACUCAUGAUCAUGUCAGAUCAUUUCUUAUUCGAAAUGGACUUGGUAAUACACUUCUUCCUCUAUUGACAUGUAUGGAUGGUCAUCGUCUUCUUCAACUCUACGAAAUAUGUCUUCUUAAUCGUGAAUCAAUGUAUCAAUCAUUAAAAUUUGAAUUGAAUGAAAAACAUCGUGUAUUACUACCAAUUGCUGAUUAUCUUAAUUUUCUUCAUGAAAUUAAAUUAUAUAUUCCAUUGAAUUCUUCGAAUGUUAAAACAACUCAAUAUUCCCUUCUUUCUCUUACCUUCUGUAAUGUUUUAUAG